AUGUCUAACGAAAUUAUUUUAGAAACAGUACGUGAAUUGCUUCCAGAUAUUGAAAAAGAGAUUAGAGAACAAGUAAGUUAGGAAUUAUAAAUUGAAUAUCAAAUAAAAUUUCAAUAAGAAUUAGAUGAAUUGACUUAAUUUAAUGAAGAAUAAAUAAGAGAUGAAUUAGAAAAGCAAAUAAGAAUUGACUAUGAACAAUAGAAGGAAUAAUUGGCUUAAGAUGUUAUUCGUGAAUUUGAUGAUUCUCUAUAAAGAGGUUAAUUAGAGCAAUAAUUAAGAUUCAAAAUGUAAGAGGAAUUGGAAGAGUAAAUAAAUGAAGAAGUUUAAAGAAAAUCUAAAUAAAUAAGAUUAUAGUAUAAGAAAAAGCUUGAGUAAGAGAAAAAUUAAUUGUAAAAAGAUUUUGAGUUAGAAUGGAAAUAAAGAGUUGAUGCUGAGAAAAAAAGAUUAGAAAGAGAAAAAAGUGAAAUUGCAAGAUUGAAAUCUGUGGAGUAUGUUAAACUUAAGAAAUUAUAAGAUGAAUAAAAAAAGCAUAGUUAAUUAUUAAAAGAUUAAGAAACAAAAUAUUAAGAUAUAAUGAAAUCACUUCAAAAAUAAAUAUAAGAAUUGACUUAAUAAUUAGAAAUAGCCUUAUAAGAUUAAAUUAUCUAAGAAAAAUUAAGAAGUUAAUAAGAAAAUUUUGAUAGUAUAGAUUAAGAUAAAUAAAUCAAUAUUCCUCUUUAAAAAUAAGAUUAAAUAUACAAUCAUAAAUCUAAUCCAAUUUAUUAACAUAAAUAAAUUACAGAGGAUGAAUCAUAAGAAUCUUCAUAUACUUAAGUUAAUUUACAUAAAUAAAAAUAAAAAAAUAAUAUACAAAAAUCAGACUAAUAAGAACAAAAUAAUUAAUAAAAGAAUCAAAAUAAAAAAUAACGUACAUAAUAUUAAAAUUAAUUGGAAAAAGGAGUUAAAUAAUAGAAAAGACAUGGGGAAACAUCAUAACCUUAAUAUUUGGAAUAAGAAAAUAAUUAAAAAUAAAUGAAUAGAAUAGAUACUAUCAUAAAAUAAUAUGAUGAAAUACCAGCUUAAAAGGAAUAAUUCAUGAGUUAUAAUAGUCUAUUUAAAGAAAAUGAUCUUGAUAAUAGUAAAAAUAAAUAAAUGAAAUAAAGAAGAUAAAAAUUUGUAGAAAAUUAAGAUUAAGAUCAAAGACUUCAAACUAAAUAUUUAGGAAUUUAAAUCAAUAUUAUGAAUGAUUUCAUUGUUGAUUAUGUUGGUAAAAUAUUUUAUUGAUAUUUAUUAGAAUUUUCUGAAUAUCAUUAAGUUAAAAUGAUGCUUUAAGAAAUUAUUGAAUUAUUUAAUUAAUGGAUGAUUAGUUAUUAAGAAAGAAUAGAAUUCUUCAAAAGGGUUAAGUAGAUUGCAAAUUCAAAUUUUAGAGAUAUUAUUCCGUUUAUACAAACAUAAAUCCAUAAAUUUAAACUGAUUUAAAAUUAUUAUCCUGAUUUCUAAAAACGAUUCAAUCUUAAGAAUUAGAUUAUGGCCAAUUAUAGUUAAUUUAGUAAAUGUAAACACUUAUUUGAUUAAUUAAAUUAAUUAAAUUUGAAAUCAAUUAAUAUAUCAGUUUUAGGAUGUGAUUUCUAAGAAAUGUUACAACUUGACUAAUGGGAAAAAGAUUUUUUAGAAAGAGAAGAACUAAAGUCAUAAAUUUUGUGUAAAAUAUAAUCUAAAUUGAUAUGA